AGAGGUUUAUGUAGCCAGAACUGUUGGGAAUCUCUACAUCAAGGUGUUCCUAUGAGUGCCUGUGUCUGCUCCGUUUGUGGGUUUACUCUCCUGCUCUGGAUGAGUAUGGCUCAGCAGGUUUGUGGCUAUGCAAGUGUGCUCCAGAGAGAGGCAGAGUUUGAUGUGACGUACAGAGACACUGUUACAAGUGACAAUCAGACCAUCUACGCUUUCAACUGCACAGUCUCCUCCAAUACGACGGUGGCUUUCCGAGUGGCUGUGGAGGUGUUCUCAGAGACGCCCAUUCAGUUUGUGCUCCGUCAGAAACACUCUGUCCUGUCCUUCGAGAUUCCUCUGAUAAUCAGAGACUCAAAUGAAAGGACGUUCAAGUACAGUUCCAUGGAGAGGACGCUGUGCCCCCCUCACACCCCGCAGCUCUCAGGGGAGGACUCUCUGUUUGUGGAUGUGUGGACUGGGAGUGACAGCUCACAGUACCAGCUCAGAGUCGUCCAAGUGGACAACUUCAAUCUGGAGACAAACAAGAAGCUCAGCUUCACAGCCUCUCCUUCUCAGCCCCAGUUUUUCAAGUAUGUUUAUCCUGAGGGAGUGGACCGUGUUACUGUCAAGGUCACCUCUGAAACCAAGUUUCCCUGCUCUUUCCUGUCCAUUCAAUACAUACAGUGCCCUGUGUAUGACCUUGAAAGUAAUGUGGACUUCCUUGGGAUGUAUCAGACUAUUACCACACUGGGAGCCAUCAUAGUUCAGCGUAAGGACUUUGUCAAUGGCUUCUAUGUGGUGGUGGCGGUCAACCCUGAGGACGAAGCCUGUGGAGGACUUUCAGACUCCUCCAUGACAGACACUUUCAGAGACGCUGGAGAACGAACCAAGAGACUGGAAGUUGUAGUGUCUCCUUCUACUACAUUUAAAGUAACAUCAAAAGAUGCAUUUGCAAUUGUGAUGGGCGUCUUUCUGCUUAUAGUGAUCAUAUAUCUGGUCGUUCUGGUGGUUACCUGGCCUACAAGCGGUAUGUUUUUCUUUGUGCCAUUUUUUGUCUUCAUUUAUCACAUACCAAAACAUAUGGGGAAAAAAAGCAUUUGGAAAUGGUGAUUUAUGCAAAAUAAUUGUCCUACAUCUCUUACAUCUGCUUUAGAUUUUGUGCGUGCAAGGCAGAGUCCUGCACCAGGUCGGGUACGGGCAAAUGGUUGCUGAAACAAGCGGGUUUUAACGUUCUGGAACUUUACGGGCGGGUAUGCAGGCAGGUAGUGAUUACACACAGGCGGUUGAUAGCCAAGGUCAGUUAAAUACAAUCCAUCAAUGAACCUACCCAGGGACGACAGGUGGAAAUUAACACUGAUGCUACAACCUGGUACAAUGCAUCUCUCCUGUUAAGGUUCAUGUAAAAAUUGUGCACUGUCCCUGUGUCAUUAAAUAAAGAAAUAAAUUAAAUAAAUAAACUACACCAGGACUGAUCUUGGACUUAAGAGAGAGAGAGAACCCCGAGUGAGAGAGAAAGCGUGCUCGAGUGACGGCUGCACUUACCUCCGUGCGCGCAGAGAUCUGCUCCAGACCUUUAACCUGCUGUCACCUAACAGUCUACAUGGGUGCACCUCCAAGCCAGUCCCGGCAGUGAGU